UGAAUCACCAGGUGAGAAUGUCCCGAGCCUCCUGCCAGAGUCCAGGUCCACCGCUGCUCUCCGUCAGACUCUUCAGCAGAAAUGAAACUGAGGUGUGGAAAAGUAGAACUGGAUUUUUGUGCAGACUUUAAAAUGUUUUUCCUGUUUUUGAUCCUCAUGCACGAGCAUCGUGGGGGAAAUGACCUCUCUGUGUUUUCACAGUUUCCCAGCAUGCCUUGGGACGUGAGGAAUAUGAGUACAAGUUCAUAUUUGAGGGGCAGAAGUCUGUAGAGCUGCCCUGCUAUUUACCUGGAGGGUUUGAAGACAUCAUUUUUGUGAUGUGGGUCCGUUCAGAUCUCGAUCCUGGCAUCAUCCAGCAGUACGGCACUGAGGGAGAAGUGAACCCUCUUUACCACGGACGCUCAUCCAUGUCAGCUGACACUGUUGGAUUCUUCUACAGAGACUUCAGCCUGACUCUGAGGAAGCCCCGCCCCUCUGACAGUGGGAUAUACACCUGCAUCUUCAGCAGGAAAAACCAUGAUGUUGGAGUGGUGGAAGUAGAUCUCAAGGUUUUAGGGACCUGGAUUGUGUUUCCCUUGAUAGUCGUGGCUGUGGUCCUGGUUGUUGCUGUAGGUGUUGCAGCUUAUCUUUGGUCUACUACCAUCACAGUGUUCCAGGUGAAGGUGAAAGAGGGGGAGGGGCUUGUUAAACUUCCUUAUAGAACAAUGGUCCAGCUGCCUGAGUGUGUAGCCGUGGAGUGGAUCCGCUGUGCCCCUGAUCCCAUGAAGGUCCACGUCUACCACAACGAGAGAAACCGGCGCGUCAGUCAGGAUGAGAUCUACCGCGGACGUACGAGUAUGAGGGCAGACUGUCUGAGAACCAGGGACCUGGGUCUGACCCUCAGGGACCCCUGCUACAGAGACAGCGGCACCUUCCUCUGCACCGUCUACAUAGAGCAGCACGUCCUGGCUCAGCGAGCUGUACGACUCCAGGUCCAAGUGGUGGAGGAGGAGGUGAACGUCCUUCAGAGCUCCAAAACCUUCACGCUUCCCUUCAUAACCACCGCUCAGCUGCCUGAGGACGCCACGGUGGAGUGGCGACGCUAUUGGCCCGGAGACACGGUGGUCCACGUGUUCGAGAAUGGAAAGGACCAGCCGUACAGACAGGAUGAGAAUUACCGUGGUCAAACGAUGAUGAACAGUAACCCGCUACGAUCCAAAGACCUCAGCGUGACCGUCACUUCCUCAGGCUUCUCUGACAGAGGGAGAUAUCGCUGCAGCGUCCGCAGGGAGGGAAACGUCCUGGCUCGGAAGGAAGUGAAGCUUCUGGUUGAUGGUCAGUAAUGUUGAUGUUGGUCCGGUGGUGGACAGACUGGAUUAAAUUUACUCCAGUACUGUCCUAAAGUACAUUUCACUGUUAUGCCACCGUAUUAGAAACACUAAUGUGUUCCUUUUGACUGCACUACAUCUAUGACAGUUCUCUAGCUCAAGGUUUAAGGUUGUCUCUAAAACAUCCUGCAUAAAAGACACAAGAAUAAAGGCAUAGAAGCCCAGAAGACAAAGCAAACACCAUGACAUACUCACUUUAAUAUCAAUGACGGGAUACGGUUGAUAUUUCUGGAGAGGCAGCAGCUAUCAGACAAAUCCACCACAUGUAUGUGGUCCAAAUAUUCACAUGCUUUACAUUGUUCUUUCUGUUCUGAAAUCUGUGGUGUAAAAUGAUGUUUCUGUGAAACUUUCUGGGUUUUGGGUGUUGGGAACUUGCUGCUGAUAAUCUGAUUGCAAAGCUGCUGAGAACAAUUAAAGGUUUACACUUCUUUA